AAAGACCUCGUAUCGAUCAUUUUAUCCUCACACGUUGUAUCGUAAACUGCUUGUGUCAAGUUUAUUUGCGGGAAAGAAAGUGAUUAUGAAAAUGAUUAUUGUUUUAUUAAUUGUUAUUUGUACAAGUUUAGGUGACAGUGUAAAUGCUGUUUAUAGCAAUAAAUCUAUAGAGGGAUAUCGUGCGUCAUUUUUGUGGGAGUGUCCUGGAUCAACAAAGCCGGUGGUGAUUGAGAAGAAGAAUUUGAAAUUUAUAAAAAUUUAUGUAUCUGGAGCGAAAACGCCCACCUUGGAAGUGGGAAAAAAGAGAAAAACAUAUAACCAUAAGACUAUAGUAGAUUGGGCUAACGAUCCAUCAAUGGACUGGGAUAAGCGUACUCUUUUCUAUAUACCAGGAUGGAUGGACAAUAUAAAGUUGCCAAUGGGACCAAUAAUGGAGAGAAUUUAUAAAGUGAAAGGAUACAACGUGUGGAUAUUAGAAGAAGUUACGUUUGUGAUUGAGGAAUUCCCAAUAGCGGCUCGUGCAGUAAAAGCAAUCGGUGCACACGUGGGUGAGUUGCUGGCAAACCUAACAACUCUGCAGCCCAAAUUUGACCCCAAAAAGCUAGAUUUCUUGGGCCUCAGUCUCGGAGGGCAGACCAUGAGCUUCAUUGCAAAGAGUUUUACGAAAUUAACAGGUCAAAAAGUUUCAAGGCUAUCAGGGAUGGAUGCUUCAGGUCCUUGCUUCCGAAACCGAGGUCCAGAAGACAGGAUUGAUGCAAGCGAUGCUGAUUUCGUUGAUUUAGUCAUGACCAAUAUAGAUGGAUUAGGGAUGGCGGCUCCCGUAGGACACGCUAACUUCUACGUCAACGGUGGAGAGACUCAACCGGGAGAUUUCUACUGGAUGAACUGCGGUUCAGUUUGUAGUCAUUCUAGAGGUUACACAAUUUGGGCGGCAUCAUUAAUGUUUCCAAAUUCAUUUGUAGGUAUCAAAUGUGACUCUGUUCAAGACGCUAGAAAUAGAAAUUGUUACGAUAGGAAACCUUUGGAAACAAACUUGAUGGGACCUAAUGCUGAUAGAAACAAACCCGGCAUUUAUUACGUAGCCACAAGAAAUCUGUUCCCUUACUUUUUAGGACAAGCCGGGACUAAGAGAGAAAAUGAUUUUAUUAUGAACAAAUUGAAAUCUUUGAAUACAGUUGAUGAAUUAAGAUUGUAAUGGUA